CUCUCUCUCUUUCUCAAUAUUUUAGGUCUGAGCUCUUGUCUGCACUACAAGUAAAACAUACCAAAACUUUCACACCUACUAUUAUAUUGACAUUGCUUUGUUUACAGUGAUGUGCUUUGUUUACUGUAAAGUUGUCUAGUAUCCAAGCAAUCCUGGACAGAAGCAGAACAAGCCAAAUCAGUGCAGCCAAUAUAAUUUAUAAGAAUUUAGUAGGUUAAAUAUCCAUCUUCAUGACAGAAAAGAAGAAUAGAGAUAGAUUUAUUUUAUGAGCAAAAAAAUAAUCGUUCAUUGAUAAUUCAGUAUAGUUUUAGAUUCAUUCACCAUUGCAAUAUUGAUAGUAAUAAUUUUUCUUCGGAUUAUCAACUAUCAGUGUGAUGCUUGAGCUUUCAGAGCCUAUUAUUUUUAGGCUUUGUAGCCGGAUACUAAUUAUAGAGCUGAUUGUGGUUACAAAAUUAUUUUUGUGACGCAGCUCUGACGUUUAUGCCGGAUAUGCCACCACGUACACAUAGCAAGCAUAGCACAUUAGUUCUAAGCAUAGUGCUAUUUAAUUGGCACUUACCCACUGCAGAUCGUCACAAUCUCAAACACGUUGGAUAUGGCUAUUCGAUCCUCGCUUGCUUCCCUGGCCUUUCCUCUGCUAUUCACAGCUCUGUUGCACCUCAGCACAGUAGCCAGAGCUCAGGAAUACCCUGAUGGUGUCUGCAGGCCGCAUCUUGUAAAAGGAGAUAAAAGUGACAGUUCUCUUGUGGGACCAUAUCACAACUUUAGUGUAUCUUGCAUUAAUGACAGCUUUGCUUUACUGAAUGUGAGGGAAACUGGCAAGAGAGACUACAUGUUUGUUACUGUUGAGAUGAAGUGCACAAAUGAGAUAUUGAAUACAUCAUACUCUAGAAUACUUUUGAAUCAAUAUAAUCCCAGUUCUGAAAGGAAUAUACCAGUGUAUUACAAUACUAAUCUUGAGCCCGGGACUGUUUGUGUCUUCUCUGGUUGUGUAAGGACUGGUCCUGCAGAAAAUAACGUUUAUAAAUAUAACAUUCAAGAGGCAACAUGUCAUAGAGAAAUGGAUCUAUUCUCCAGUAGUGCUACUAGCGACAGUAGCACCAGUAUAAUGCUGCCAUCGUCAAGUCUUGAUAUUAAUCCUAGCAGCUCUGGCAUUAGCAGAAGCAGUACCAUUAACAUUAUCAGUAUCUCUGUAUCAUCAAGUUCUGACAUUAAUCCUGGAAGUACAGACAUUAGUAGAAGCAGUACCAUUAACAUUAUCAGUUCAAUUACUGCUACUGGCGGUAUUUCACCAACAGUCACUCCUCUUGAUUCUGGCUCACCUAUUUCAGCUUUUUUCUUUGUCAUUCUCAGUGCUGGCUUUUUGAUAGUCUUUGGUAUUGGUGUCGCCUUUGUACUUUGUUGCUUGUUCUUAGCACACAAGAGAUUCUCAAGGAAAAAUAUGAAUGAUAUUAACUUCAUGGACUUUGAAAUGGGGAUACAUGAUAUUCAUCAUUUCAUGCUUGAUGAUAUAAGCAUUGCUGAAUCAGUUGCCACCAUUGUCCAGCCACUGCAUCCUCCCUUGACAGCUCCUAAACACUGCAGUUUGAUGAUAUCCAGUACUGACAUUGAUAGUAAUAGGAAGGGCUCUGUUUCAGUUGAUGAAGCUGCUAUAAAGGAGAUUCAGCUGGUUAAACCUGUCCCAACUUCAUCAAUAAACACGAUGGAUUCUAAACCUUCUGUCAAUCAGUUUCAGCCUCCUUUAUCCCUUCAUAUGUCUAAAGGUGUUGUAAAAAGCAUACGGACAGAAGGCUUUCCUUCAGAAGCUAAAACACCACCAACAGCUUAUGAUAAUAAUAAUCGUCACUGUAAUAACAAUCGGCACUGUGUAGCACCUACUACCAGUCCACCUAGUACUACCAGCCUGUCGUCAGAUAAUCAAUUGGCGGCUAAUAGAGAACAACAUUAUCCUCAUACUCUACCUUCAACAAGUACAGUACCUAAUAAUGAAGCUCUUGAUUCAUCUACUCGGGAGAUUUUAAGAAGUAGCACUAAAAAUAAUGAGCGUAUGUAUUCUCCUUGUGAUCAAUCUUCACAAUCUUCAGGCACUUCUUCAUCAAAUCAAUCUUUAACUAAAGGUAGAGUAAAUACAGAUGUUCAUUAUGCGUAUAGACACCGUCAACCUUCAAACGAACAGGAUAAUACUAAAUCUGGUAGCCCAUGCUCUUACUCUACAGUUUCAAGUACUAAUAAUAAUAAUAAUAAUAGAGGAAGCAGCUCUCAAUCACCAGCUAGCUCCAGUAAUAAAUCUCACACUGACCCUUCAGUUGGGAGGCAUAAAGAUAAUAGCUAUACAUAUUCCUCAACACUCGCUCAACCUUCUUUGAUUAAAGGUACUAUGAGUAGCAGGAGCAGUGGUGUAUUAACGAAGGGUCAUACUCGUUUAGCCAGUUCUGGAAGUGAGUCUUUAUAUAAAGACAGUUCCUGCAAGGGGCACACAAGAACUAGAAAUAGAUUAUGACUCGGAUUAUGUUUCCGAAAGUGACGAUUCGUCAUACUCAUCCACACAAAUGGAAGCCAUGUGCAACGUAUAAAUGUAUUACAGUAUGCUUAUCAACUAUGACAAAAGUUUUUGUGAUUCCCAGUUUUUGUGAUUGUGGUUUUUAUUCAUUUUGUACAUACCUUUGUGAAUUUAUUUUAAUAUAAAUAUUGUGUCUGAA